CUUUUUUAACUAUUCUCUAUAUUUAUUUAUCUUAAUCUUUAUCUUUAUUUAUCAGGACCACCCACUGCACUGCAUCAUAUUUUAUAAACUUUUCAUAUUUUUACACGCAGCAUCCUAAUUUGUGAAGUUAAGUCAUUAAAACUGAAAAGGUGUAGGAGAGGAUAUUUGUCUCAUUUGACCCCCAAAUGAACUUUUUGAGGCUUUUAUUCUGAAACACAGACGUAAGCAUUGCCGGAAGUGUGUCCCAAUAUUUAGCAACGUUCACGGUGCCCCGAAAUGGUUCAAUCCUGAAACGAGUUUAGUGAGUUAUUUCCACUUUCAGCGUGUUAGUGGUGUUUAUCAACAGUUCAGUGGUCUGUUAUAGCACACCACUGGGAGUUUUAGCGAGUUUUUAUACUUUAUUUGCACUGAAGUGUGACGGUGAAGACUGUGAAGGCUACUUCAGGGAUCAACGGCAGCCCUCUUACAGUGACUUUUAAAAUAGUGAGUCCACAUUGUAACCCUGAUCAAGUUGUCUUUAUAAGAUGCUCCUUAGUGCUGAGCUGUAAAUGUCCACAAUGAGUCUUCAUACCCUGUCACUGAGAGCAGUGUUGUUCCUGGGGCUUUGGCACACUGGGUGGAGAGGUCUAGCCUCAGCCGCGGAGCUGAGAGACCAGCCCAAAAAGAUAGCUGUGGUCGGAGCGGGCAUUGGUGGCACAGCAGCAGCGUAUUACCUGCGACAGGAGUUUGGACCCGGGGUGAAGAUCGAUGUGUUUGAGUCUGGCACUGUUGGUGGGCGACUGGCAACAGUGAAGAUCGGGGAUUAUGAGUAUGAGACGGGAGGUUCAGUGAUCCAUCCUUUGAACCUGCACAUGAAGCAGUUCAUUGAAAAAUUAGGUAUUUCUACAAGGAAAGAUGUCUCCUCUAAAAUGGCCAUCUUUGAUGGAAAGGAGCUCGUGUUUGAGGAGAGUGACUGGUUUAUAGUGAAUUUCUUACGCAUGCUCUGGCGAUACGGGUUCAACUUUCUUCGGAUGCAGAUGUGGGUGGAGAGUAUUUUGGACAAAUUUAUGAGGAUCUACCAGUAUCAGCAGUAUGGCUACUCAUUCUCCAAUGUGGACAGACUCUUGCAUGCCAUGGGUGGUGAUAGUUUUCUUACCCUGAUGAAUCAGACUCUGGAAGAAACCAUGAUAGGCGAAGGAUUUUCACAGAUCUUCCUCAACGAUAUUGUUGCACCCAUCACUCGUGCCAACUAUGGUCAAAGUGUCCGCAUCCACGGCUUUGUGGGGGCCGUGUCAUUAGCAGGAGCAGAUUCAGGCCUGUGGGCAGUGGAUGGAGGCAAUAAGAGAGUUUGCUCAGGACUGCUGUACCACAGUAAAAGUGAGCUCAUCCCUGCCAGAGUGACUUCUAUUGCAGUCAAGGUUCGACCCUCCAAGACAGGCACAACUGCCAGUUUCUAUGAGGUUAAUUAUGUCGGGGACUCGGGCUCAGCUCACGCUCUGUAUGACAUUGUGGUAAUAGCAACGCCGCUUCACCAGGGAAAGUCUGACAUCACCUUCUCAGGCUUCUCCCCGCCAAUCCCGACUCACUACCCCGGGCGGUAUCACCAGACAGUGUCAACUGUGGUCCACGGCCGGCUGAACGUGUCCUACCUUGGGACCACAGAGCCGGCCUCAGAGUUCACUGUGUCUGAUAUCUUAACCACUGACUCCAACGGCUCAGUCGUCCAAAGCCUGAUCUCUAUCGACCCCGUGCACAUCCCCACUGAUUACAAACGCCCCCCUGCCAGCCACCCCAGAGUCUGGAAGGUGUUCUCUCCGCAGCCGCUGUCUCAAGAGCAGCUGAAGAACAUCUUCCUCUCUUGGGAUUCAGUGUCUGAGACCCGGUGGCUGGCUUAUCCCGCAUACCGCCCACCGCAUCGCAAGACCCCUCCCUUCAUCCUGCACAACCGGCUGUACUACCUCAAUGCUGUGGAGUGGGCGGCCAGCGCCAUGGAGAUGAGCGCCAUCUCUGCCAGGAACGUGGCCCUGCUGGCGCACCAUCGCUGGCACGAACAGGUCGGCAAGAUCGACCAGGAGGACCUGCACACCCGACUAAGAGGGGAACUCUGAAAAGUGAGAGCUACUUGAGAUGAAAGCCAAAAGCAAUAAAAUACAGUGGCAAGAAAACGUACUUGAGCUCUUUGGAAUUACCUGGGGUUUUUUUUUUGACCUGAUCUUCAUCAAGUAUAGAUAAACACAAUGUGCUUAAGCUAAGCACACACACCCAUUAAACAGGGUGGAGGUUCACUUACUUUUUCUUGCCACUGUUCUAUCAAUCAAGUCCAGUAUUCUGUAUACCCACACAGAUGCUCAGUGGCGUGCCUGCUGCACUGUAAUAACUCUCCAGUCAGGGCAAAUCCCAACUUUCUUUCAGGUAUCUGGGAUGCUCUGGUCUCUUUAAACUUAUGCUCUGUUUUGUUACAACUCGGGUCUGAUUUUUGUAGUUUUGGUCAUCAUUUCUCCCAGGUCAGAUAACAGUGUAUUCACCAAAGUAACUGCUGAAAGAGAGAGCUGUGGCAUUAGUCUAUUAAAGGAUCAGUCAGCUGAAAAAGAAUCAAUUUGAUGAUUGAUUAAUCAUUUAAGUUAGUUUUCAAGCAAAGUCAGUGGUUACAGCUUUCCUACGUGUCAUUGUCACACUGGAGUAAAUUUAAUAUUUUUGGGUUAUAUUCAUUUGGGCAAUGAAUAUAAUCAAUAGUCGUAGGCCGAGGUGACAUUACUACAAAGUCUGACAGGGCACAGAAACAAGGCGACAGUUAAACCUUAUUUUCUAGAUAAGACCCUCCCUCACUUGAGAGUCGCUUUGGAUAAAAGCUUCUGCCAAGUGAGUAAAUGUAAAUGUGAUGUAAUGUAAAACCAUAACUGAGUGCUCCUGACGCGUCUGUAAUAAUCCUCAUUUUACAGGAAAACUGUCGCACGCAUCUACUUCAAAUGUAGAUAUUUAAAGUUGAGCCAGGCAGUCAUGUAAACUGAUAUCCUCUACUAUGGAUAGUUUUCCGUUUCUCUUUUUCCCUUCCAAAUACACCCCCCAUCGCCCCUAUCUGAAUUCUUUUCAGCAUUGUCUUUCCUUUCCAAGAUCUCAGCGCUUAUCUUGGUGAGUACAAUGUGGUUUUUACCAAUAGGAAUGUUGGCCAGAACUAAGGAAAAAAGACCAAUGUUGUAUUAAAUGGGAAAUGUUUUCAUCAGUCUAACAGUAGCCACAGUUCAUCUCUAUCAGUGUUGAAACCUGAAGGCAUCACCAGCAACAGCAGCACAAAUCACACUAAAACAGUGGAGCUACAUUGUACUGUGCUGAAUUUUGAAAUCACUGUGAACCACGCUGCACUGCAGGGUAGACCAAUUACACUCCCUCGUCUUCAAGAGUGUCUUGAACAUAUUUUUAGAUUUUGUUUUAAUGUGCUUUCUUGUUGUUAUAAACAUGGUACAGCUAAGUAGCGCUAAGAAAUCAACCUGUUGGUGACACACAAACCAACCAUUGUUACCCUUUAGCCAAAUUCAUGCAUAGUGUUCACUAAUAUGAUGAUGUCCCUUUAUUGAUGAAUUCAUGUGUCUUCUGAUGAUUUUCUCAGUCUCUCUACCUCCUCAGCACAGUACUGUACAGUAUAUGUUGUUGUGAGUACAGGCAGCUGUCAGUAAGAGAGUUGUGCCACCAAGAUCUUUUCUUUGUAAAAUCGAUAAUAUGGAUGUUAUAUAUUAAAAAAAGUAUUAACAAAUUAAUGUAUUUUGUUACUAUCAAAAUAGACUGAUACUAUUAUGUAACGUAAUUGGAGAGAGUCUAAUCGCAUUGACCAUUUAAAACUAUUGUGGUGCCUUAAAGCUAUCAUAGUAAUUGGCUUACGUGUUUAUUAAAUUAUCUAAAGUCUCCCUAUAAUUUUAAAAAUCAUUUGUCCACUGGGAUUUCCUGUGUUGUUUUUAUUGAUGUGAAACUUGCCAUCAGAGUCUGACCACUAGGACCAAAGUGCAAUGAGGCUGAUGCAUUUUGUAAUAAAUGGAGGGGUGUCAUGUACCUGUGACUUAUCUGAUGUUGUGUAGCUUAAAAACACUGUCCCGACUUGGACUACUGUCAUGUUCUUUAGCUGCUUUGGGAAGACUGCUAGAGUUUGCUGAUUGUUUCCUACACACUUAUACUUUUCUUGUAUUUUUCUAGAUUUUUGAAAAGUUAUGAGUAUAUAUGAAGACAUAUUGUUGAGAGAAUUUUAAUCAUGCACUUUAAUUGCUAGAAAUUCUUCAGUUUUACCCUGAAGUCCAUUUGGAAAUGCCAAAUGAACAAACAACAUCGGGCAGUAUUUAGACUGGAUUCUUAUGCUCAAAUAAAAACACAUUUGAUUUCAAACAAUACUGAACCCUCACAGACCAUACUGUAUGCUUUGAAAGUGUUUACAAUCACAAUAAAGUGAUAAGACCUUG